AUGCGCUGGCUAUGGCUUGUGUCCGUGAGUGCUCGGCCCAUAGAUGACGUCGGCACCUGGCUGCAGUACGGGGAGGCGAUUUGUUGGAUCGCCUCUGGUUACGAGAGCUGUUGUGCGCCCGAGCUGGGGCCAGAAGGAAACAAGGAUUGUUGGGUGAUGCCGCCACUUUCUUACAGCACCUGCUGCUUAGAGCGCUGGAGAGUAUGUGAUGCGGACAUAACAGAGUCGCAUGUUUCUGAAGAUGUGUCCGUUUUCAGGCACCAGUUUAUCUUUGCCUGCUCUUCUUUGCAGCGACUUCUCAACUCCUUCCAUGCAGUGGUUGUACAAAAUUCCUGGUUACAAGCAUCAGGCUGCCGUGAAGCCCAGCAUCAGGACUGCAACCGGGAGCACGAGCAGUUGGGCGCUGCUUUGCAGACCCUAGACGCGCGAAUCAGGGAAGUGAUGGCCGUGAAACACGGACUGCCUGGCGAGCAAGCUGACGAAGGCUCGCGUGUGUUGGCAUCAUGGCCAGCCAGCUCUUUUGUGCAUCUCCUCAGUGCAAGGACGGGCGGGAAUGAUUUGUUCGGCAUGGAGCAGGUGUCACUCUUGCAUCUUCGUAUUGGACAGUUCCGUGACGAGAUGCUGCGAUUGCUGCAUGCAGAAUCGACCGCUUUGGACGCUUGCGGCGAGAUUUGCGAGACCGGGGCUGAGCUUGCGGGUAAGCCACACCCUCCGCGCAAGCAUUACAGCUGCAACGCGCUGCUGAGUGGCAUGGUCGCAGUUCAGGACAAAGCUCCGCAAGUGCCCCCAUCAAGCAUCCCGCCAAGCAUGCUGGCCGGCUUCACCAUGAAUGGUAGAGUGCCAGUGUUGUCUCAUUCUGCCAUCCGCCAUGCAUUGGGAUUUGGCAGCGGGACGCUUCCAAAACGCGAGCCAGGUGGCUCGGAAUGGCAGUGGUCUGAAGCCGCCAUCAUUGGGUUGAUGGCAAGAGCGCGGAAUUACACACUAGCUCCUGGGCCGAACUCCCUGCAGCGGGUCAGAGCAUUGACCGAGAUCCUGUCAGAUCUACCAAGCUUGGUGCACAUGCAGCGCUGGCUGGUUUGGGGCGACAGCAAGCACUUUGAAUGGUGGAGUCCCUGGCUGGAAUCCUUGUUGCUGUCCUUGGGCGCUUCUUUUGUUUCUUCCCUGGUGCCAGUUCCAGAACGCUACAAGUCCACGCAUCCCCAGCUGCGCGCGGUGACUUUGCAGCAGGCGAUGUCGGACGCUCCGUUCCAUGGAGUUCUUCUGAUGGGGGUCAGCUCCGCGGGCACCGGGCGUCAUGGCGAUGAGCUGAAUCCUUACGCCGACCUCCAGCAGGCGGCGGCGGCCUGGUGCCUUCUGCGCGCAGGGGGCACUUUGAUCGCGCCCCCCAUGGCGGAGGCUGAUCUGCUCAGAUGGAACGUGGGGAGGGUCUACGGUCCACUGCGCUGGCCACACUUGGUGGCCAACUUCCAGCUGCUCUUCGUCCGAACAGGCGUCGCCGCUGUGCUGCAGAAGCCGCCCUGA